AUGUCUUCCCACCCUGAGAUCCUUUCUCAAGGCAACCACCUGCACGACAACGACGAACGAAAAGCAAAGGAGACAUCGGGGAACAUGAUUGACGAGGUCGACGCUGCAGCAACUGUCAUUGACGUACCAUUACCGCCAGAGACGUCUGGCCAUAUCCCUGCAGAAGUGCUAUGCUCCAUUCCCGCAGACGAUGACCCGAGCAUUCCCUGCAACACUGUGCGGAUGUGGGUCCUCACAACCGUGUUCGUCAUUGUGUUCGGCGCAGUCAACAUGUUCUUUUCCCUACGUUUUCCAAUGAUCGUUGUGACUUCGAUCGUCGCCCAGCUCGUAACUCACCCCCUGGGACUGUUGUGGGAUCAAGUGGUCCCCGACUGGCGCAUUGGCCUCGGCGGGAGCUGGCAUUUCAACCUCAACCCGUCUCCGUGGAACAAGAAGGAGCACGCCCUGGUGACAAUCGUGGUCUCUCUCGUUGGCAGCCACGCCUAUGUAACGAACAUUCUGGUGGCUCAGGCCAAGUGGUACGGGCAAUCUUUGUCCUAUGGGUAUAUUUUCCUCACCAUACUGUCGACGCAGAGCGUGGGCUACGGAAUUGCCGGGCUCACGCGUCGCUGGGUGGUCGAUCCAUCCUACAUCACUUGGCCGCAGACCCUGGCCAAUGCAGUCUUGUUCCAGACGCUCCAUCGUGAGAGAGGUCCGGGCGACUUUGUCAGUGGGUGGACCAUCUCCAGGUACAGGUUCUUCUUCUACGCUUUCCUCGCCUCCUUCGCCUGGUUCUGGCUCCCGGGCUACUUGUUCACUGCCCUUAGCACCUUCACGUGGAUCUGCUGGAUUCGACCCGACAACGUGGUGGUCAACCAGCUGUUUGGCUACAAGCAAGGGCUCGGCAUGAUUCCCAUCACGUUCGAUUGGUCGCAAAUCACCACGUACAACUUGUCGCCAUUGCUGACGCCGUGGUAUGUGGAAGCCAACACGAUGGGUUCGGUGGUAUUCUUUUUCUGGCUGAUCCUGCCCAUCCUCUACUACACAAAUACCUGGUUCGGAAAGUACAUGCCAAUGCUGUCAUCCAACGUCUUCGACAACACCGGCAGCUCUUACAACGUCACCAGGGUGCUCACCUCCAACUUUCAACUCGAUGAAGCAGCAUACAAGGAAUAUUCCCCGCUUUAUAUGCCCAUCGCGUACACCAUCUUCUUUGGCCUCUCGUUUGCGGCCGUCACGGCGAUGUUCGUCCACACGGCUUUGUGGCAUGGGAAGGACAUAUAUCGUCGAUUCAAGGACCCCCAGUAUGGUGCUGCCCCCGGUUACCUGCGGCAGGUCCGGGAGAAUUAUGCUCAGACUCCAGACUGGUGGUAUCUUUGCAUUGGGGUGGCCUUUUUCCUCAUGGGCAUCCUCACCACUUCUCUGUACGACACUCGGUUGCCCUGGUGGGGGUUCAUCGUUGCAGUCUCCCUUGGCACGGCAACAUUCUUACCCCAGGGAAUCAUCAUGGGAAUCACCAACCAGCAUGUGGCGUUGAACACCAUCACCGAAUUCGUCAGUGGCUACAUGCUCCCGGGUCGCCCGAUUGCCAUGAUGAUGGUCAAGGUUUUCGGCGACAUGCUGACUAGCCAGGGCCUCCACUUCUCACGGGACUUGAAGCUGGGCCAAUACAUGAGGAUACCGCCCCGGACUCUGUUCUGGGCGCAGACGUACGGCACGGUCUUGUCUGCAAUUGUUCAGGGCGGCGUGUUACGCUGGAUGCUGACGUCCAUCCACGACCUCUGCGAAGAGGACCAGGGGUUCGGCCUGACGUGUCCGUCGGCCAGGGUCCAGUUCUCCUCUUCGAUCAUCUUUGGCGUCAUUGGCCCGCAACGGCUCUUCUCUCGGGGACAUCUCUACCACCCCGUGCUCUACUUUUUCCUCGUCGGCGCCCUCCUGCCCAUCCCGGUGUACCUGAUGGCGAAUAAGUACCCCUCGUCGUACUGGAGGCUGGUCCACGUCCCGAUCAUGUUCACCGGGCCGGUCAACAUCCCGCCGGCGACCGGCCUAAACUACGCCUCGUGGGCCCUCGUGGGCUACCUUUUCAACGGCGUCAUCAAGCGACGCGCCCUGGGUUGGUAUCUCAAGUACAACUACGUGCUGUCCGCCGGGUUGGACGUCGGCGUGGCCCUGGCCGGACUGGUCAUCUUCUUCUGCCUGGACCUGCCCGGCGCCACGCUGGACUGGUGGGGGAACAAUGUCUACAAACGCACCGCGGACGCCAAGGGGACGCCGUUUUUCACCCUUGCCGACGGUCAGACCUUUGGGUUCAAAGUCUGGUAG